AUGUCGCACCGCAAGAAAGUCCUACUCAAGCUGAUCAUCCUGGGCGACAGCGGUGUGGGGAAGACGUCGCUCAUGAAUCAAUACGUUAACCAGAAGUUCAGCAAUCAGUACAAGGCCACGAUCGGUGCCGACUUCCUCACCAAGGAGAUCAUGCUGGACGACAAGCUCGUGACCAUGCAGAUCUGGGACACAGCAGGGCAGGAACGCUUCCAGAGUCUGGGUGUGGCCUUUUACCGCGGGGCUGACGCCUGCGUUCUGGUCUACGACAUCACCAACCCCAAGUCUUUCGAGAAGUUGGAUACCUGGCGGGACGAGUUUUUGGCCCAGGCGGGACCGAGAGACCCUGACGCUUUCCCAUUUAUUGUACUGGGCAACAAGGUGGACAAGGAGUCGGAGCGAAGGGUUCAAAAGCAGAGAGCUCAGGAGUGGUGUCGUUCCAAGAACGUUCAGCAGCCGAUUCAGCACUUUGAGACGAGUGCCAAGGAGGCGACGAGUGUCGAGGAAGCUUUCCAGACGAUCGCGAGCUCGGCGUUGCAGAAGGGCCAAGAAGACAUCUACGUACCGGAGACAAUUGAUCUUAGUGGCACAUCGUCGAAGAGGGAAAGCUCGUCAUGCUGUUAA